AUGAGUAUGCGACUCGCGGCCUGGAGGAAGGCGUCUUCAGGCUUCAACACACCACUGGGCAAGGACCUGAACUCAAAACUCUCGCUUGACCAAUCCCAUGGCCCACGCACAGCGUCGCUCCGGUGUGCAACACCUGCAAAUGGCGGUGGCACACCGGUGAUAUUCGCAUCCUCGUAUGGCUCGACGUCCGGGUCACAGCAACAGAAGAAAAGUCUUGAUAGGGAUUUCUUCGUCUCGGUUCUCGAGACCUCAGUCACAAAGCGCGAUGCCAAAGCUUAUAUGAAUAAAUUUGUUCCGCUUUUGGAGAAGAAAGGGGCGACCGACUUCAAGCAACGCGCCGCUCAACCCCUCCAGGACACCAACAGCAUUGCGCCCGAGAGUAUGGGGCUCAAAGACACCAUCAAUCAUGUCGCGUUAAACAAAAAGACUACCAGUGGUCCUGAGACAGAGGAGGAGCUCGCUAUCCAGGAGUACGUCGCUCUGGUCAAAUUCCGCGCCCCUGAGAUGGUGAACGAUGCCACGAUGAAUGGGGUGGGCAAGACUCUCAGUCAGCUGCGGAAGCUUGGCUUGAUCAGCAUCGUGGUCGUCGAUUGUGAGAGUACUCGAGAAGACGUGGCUACGCAACGCCAGGCCGCCAGCAUGCAAGCGAACCGUAUCUCGAUGGCCGUCGACAAUUUUGAUGCUCUAGGAGCACGGGUCAUCGACUCCCCAAUCAUGAUAGGGAAUCCAGUCAAUCCGGCCGCCUCGCCCUUCGUCACCCGAGACCUAUAUAUCGCCAAUCCUAGCGAUCUAAUGACUACUCUGCAAGAUGAGGUUAUCCCCAUCAUUCCUUCUUUCGGUUAUACCGCGGAUACGUGCACCAUCAAACCGGUCAAGGCAGACGAUAUCAUGCUGGCCCUUACAAGGCAGUUGUCGGGUCUUCAAUUUUUGGAUCAAGCUACCCCCGACGACGCGCGAACCACACGCCUGUCAAGGGCCGCUGAGGUAUAUCGCAUCGUCGUACUGGACCCCUUGGGCGGGAUCCCAGCCACGAAUAGAGCUACUGGGCGACAUUUGUUCUUGAACCUUGAGCAGGAAUUUGAGGAGGUCAAGAAGGACUUAGAGGCAUCACUACCUUGGACGUACGACACCGUAGACGGGAAACACCGGGACAAUCUGCAGCAUCUGGAGAACGCCGAACUGGUGAAGAAUAUCUUAUCUUUGCUUCCCCCGACAUCUUCAGCCGUCAUCACUACACCACAAGAGGUGGCAAAGGAGCAACUUGAAAAGGAGUGGGCGCCGCUCGUCGAGACCAGGAGGGGGCAGAAUCCGCUGAUACACAGUCUCCUGACGGACAAACCUGUUCAGUCAUCGUCCUUGCCAUCUGAGCGCUUCAGACCCGUCACAUCUUCUACGGGAACAUCACAGAUUGGGUCCCUGACAACAUUGGCAAAGCGCGGUAUGCCUCUGACCAUAUUUCCCGACCCUCGGGUGACGCCUUGGAAAGCACCGCAACCAGGGCAGAAAAGCCUCAAGCUUACCGAUCCGUGUAUCGACCUCCCGCGGUUGGUGAAGCUGAUUGAAGACUCGUUCGGCAGAAAGCUUGACGUCGACGACUACUUGAGACGAGUGGAUGACAACCUCGCGGGCAUUAUCAUCGCCGGCGAAUACGAGGGCGGGGCACUAUUGACGUGGGAGAAGCCUGCGGGCAUGGAGGACACGGAGGCGAGAAAUAGCAACCGACUAAUACCAUACCUGGACAAGUUCGCGGUCCUCCGCAAGAGCCAGGGAGCGGGCGGUGUGGCAGAUAUCGUGUUCAACGCCAUGGUGAGAGACUGCUUCCCGGAAGGGGUCUGUUGGAGGAGCAGGAAGGAUAACCCGGUCAACAAAUGGUAUUUCGAACGGUCCCGGGGCUCGCUCAAGUUCAAGGACAUGAACUGGACCAUGUUCUGGACGACGCCGGAGCUGGCGUUGGAUGAGCGGAAAUUCAGGGACUACGAGAGUGUCUGCCGUGGUGUAGAGCCUUCGUGGGCGGACAAGAAGCACAUUGUUGACUAA